AUGAUUACCGGCCCAAGGUCUACCAUACAGUGGGUGCGCUUUCCUCGGCCUACGCUGUCCAAGUCCAAGCAGCUGGCAAGCGCAGAGGAAAUCGAGGCAAACGAGAAAAAGGAUGGCACAGCCCGCGUCUCACUCACCCUUGUCCUCGCAACGGCGGUGGAGAAGCCAGAGGGACUCGAGCGCGCCUAUCGACGUGCCAGAGGCGCAGAACCGACCCCAAGACGGCCGAACACCACACCAGUCACAGAGAUUGACAAGAGCGACAAGUGCCACCCGCAAAACGGGGGCGCGGUUGUGAUUUGCGAAGGCUGCAAGGAGCGCGAGGCCAAGCGCUACAAUCGCAAGAAGAAGCGCAAUGCAGAGGAAGAAUCCGAGUGGAACAGUUAUGAGGAUGAGCGCAUCAUCAUGAUCAACGAGAAGGAGUUCAAGAGAUGGCAGGACAUGGAGGAAGAUCUAGAGUACUCGCCCGAGGCGAAGAAGGUAGAGUUCGUCAUGCGAAUCACCUGCUAUUGUCGACAUCAGGAAGACAAAUCGCCAGUCGGCUAUCGAGUCAUCUUCACCUUUACCGACGCCAACAAGAACCUCAUAGCACAGGAACUGUCGGACAUUAUUCAGAUUACGGAUGACCACAAGAACAAGGAGAACCCCGCCGAGACCUUGGGGCCUCUUACCAUUCCUACCGCUGUGCAGGACUCGGUACCGGCCAACUACACGGCUCCCUUGUUCGAGUACUCGCCAACGGUCUAUAGUGCAUACUCGCAGCCCACAACACCGAUUGUACCACAUACCCCAGGCAUCGCCCAUGGCCUUCCCCACUCCCAGAGUAUGUUUUUUCCACGCGAGGCACAGUAUCCUCGCAUGCCCAACACUGCCAUUGCAUCGCAGUUGCCUCCGCAGAACGGCAUGGCAUUCUCGAAUGGACUCUCAACCGCUCCAACGCCUCAAUACGCCACCCAUCAACGCGGCCAAAGCUACUUUAUGCCGUCCAUGCUGAGUCCCAAGAACGACAUGGCAGCACAAGUAGGGUAUCCGCUCCAGCGCCCGCAGUCGUUGGACAGCUUUGCGCAAUGGAACUAUCAAUAUUCUCCACAGACGUCAUACUCGCAACAAAUAUACACCUCUCAGCCCCCUUCGCGUGCCACUUCGCGACCGGCAUCACCAACCUGGGAUCAGGGCAGAGGCCCGAAGAAGAUGCGACAGCAACAGUUCAUGUUUCCCGAAGACGACUUUGAGGAAUGA